AUGAUUAAAAUCCACUGCUGUCAAAAUUAUACUGAAUUAAAUAUUUUAAAUGUCAUUCUUUUGAACGAAAAACACCUUUCCUACAGAUUUUCGGAAGGAACUCUUGUUGAGGAUGUUCUUAAUGAUGUUUGCACGUUCAUUAAGCUACAGGAGCGCGAUAUGUUUGGACUUGCUUUACCUACUGAUGAAGGAUGGCUGUUCGUUGAACCCAGCGAGUUUCUCCAUAAGGUAGUCAACAGUUACCUUACUCCUAUGACCAGAAUCACUGGAAUGGGUGUUUUCUUCUUACCACCAAACAAAUCGAAUUUUCGUCACCAACCUCCUUCACCAAUAACAUCAUCACAUCCAACUGUGUAUUUUCGCAUACGUUUUUAUGUUCCAAUUUACUGUUUAAAUGAACGUACAACACAACACUUUUAUUACAAACAAUUAAGGAAAAAUCAUAUUGCCUAUAAUUUAUUUUGUGAUCCGAAUGUCUACUUACAAUUAGCAGCAUUUGCAUUACAAGCUGAAGUAGGUAAUGCACCGAAAAAAUACAAUAUCGAAACUGCUGCACCCUACUUCCCACAAGAACUUUAUUAUCCUAGUAAAUUUACUGAAUCAUCGGAUAAAUCUGAUCUGGUUUACCAUACCUACAUACGUCAUUCAGCGCUUCGCAAUACUGUAGCCUAUUUGGCUGAAUUUCACUUUAGUCGUCUGGCAACUAAACUUAAUUCAGAUUUCAAUUUACACUUAUAUCCACUUAAGAAACUUUCUGAGAAAUGUCGUUUCUCUGUAUUGAUUGGUAUCAGUCCAAAUGGAUUCACCUUAUAUCAGGAUUCUAGUUUUAAACUGAUUAACUCAGAAUUUUCUUUAAAAGUGCGUUCACAAGUCAUCUGA